GACAACACUCAGCUCACUGCCUCUCCAACUCAGAUCAAGUCAUGCGCGUUUACCAAGCACUCACCGCUCUGUCGCUCUUCUGCUCUGGGUUCCUUUCCAACUCUGCUUCGGCGUGGUCCGGCUUGGUGACGUUCUACGAAAAUGUAGAAUUCGCUGGCUCCAAAUACGAGUGGAAUAUCACCGAGACGCAACUGUGCUACAACCUCGCGUGCUUCGACAACAAAGCCUCGUCAGUUAAGUGGGAUGGUCUACCGAAGACAGGAAACUUCCACGGCAAGUCGCGCAUCGCCUUCUUCACAGGAAAAGACUGCAGCGGAGAUAGUCGCGACUGGCCUACCGAUGAGGACAACUAUCCGAUGGAUUUCACUCUGGAUGGCAUCAACGACGCCGUUUCGUCUUUCAUCAUCUGGGAAGACAACAAGAAGCUCACGAACGGCAAGGAAACCCCCUGUCUGUGGGGAUGA